GGGGCUUGCGCGCACUCCGCCACUGAUCCUCUCCUCACUUUUUCCCCUGUUUCGCUGAAAUGCACAUUUCCCGCGUGGAUCUCUGCGUGUGAACUUUAUUACAAGACGGUCGGAUGCAGUGAGCGCGUUUGACGCAAAGUUGACCCACCAAAGUGCGGGAUUCGGUGCGCAGCAUUGGGGUCAUGGACUAUGGAGGCUCUAAGUCUGACCGCCAACGCCGUGUCCUACACUGCGGUGGCCGAGCUGAGCCCGACUGACGACCCGUUCACCGGACCCAUCCAGAACAUCGCGCCAUGGAACUUCACCAUCUUGGCCGUGCUCAUGUUUGUGGUCAGCUCGCUGUCGCUGAGCGAGAACUUCCUGGUCAUGUUUGUCACGUACAAGUUUAAACAACUCAGACAGCCGCUCAACUACGUCAUCGUCAACUUGGCCAUCGCCGACUUCCUGGUUUCCCUCACCGGUGGACUCAUAAGUUUCCUGACGAACGCCAGAGGUUAUUUCUUCCUGGGCCGCUGGGCAUGUGUGGCGGAAGGCUUUGCGGUCACUUUUUUCGGAAUCGUGGCCCUAUGGUCUCUGGCCAUUCUAUCUUUCGAACGAUUCUUUGUGAUCUGCCGACCUCUGGGCAACAUCCGACUGCAAGCCAAACACGCCAUAAUGGGUCUACUCUUCGUCUGGACCUUUUCCUUCAUUUGGACCUUCCCUCCGGUGCUGGGCUGGAACAGAUACACUAUCAGCAAGAUUGGAACAACCUGUGAGCCUGACUGGUAUUCAACCAACUCCGCUGGCCAUAGCUACAUCAUCACUUUCUUCACUACCUGUUUUAUUCUGCCUCUUGGAUUGAUCUUCUUCUGCUAUGGGAAGGUCCUGCAAAAGCUCCGAAAGGUGUCCCAUGGCCGUCUGGCCACUGCCAGGAAGCCUGAGCGUCAAGUGACCCGUAUGGUAGUAGUGAUGAUUAUUGCAUUCAUGGUGGCAUGGACACCAUAUGCAGUCUUCGCCAUAUUGGUCACAGCUCAUCCCACCAUUGAGUUGGAUGCCAGGUUGGCUUCCAUCCCGGCAUUCUUCUCCAAGACCGCUGCGGUAUACAACCCAAUCAUCUACGUGUUCAUGAACAAACAGUUCAGGAAGUGCUUCAUUCAGCUCUUCACCGGUUCGCUGAACAUGGCAGACAUGAACCAGACGUCAGGGCGACCUGGAACAACUGCAGAGAGUCAAACGGGAGAAAUGGCUACCAUUGCGGCCCGCUUCCCUGUGGGCGGCUCAGCAUCGCCAAGGUCUGAAGAGUCUCCGACUGACUGCACCUCCAUUAUCCAGCUGCCCAUCCCAGAGAACAAAGUGUGUCCCAUGUAACAGCGGACGUACACACAGCAGGUCUAUGCCGACAUUUUUUAUUUAGCACUGAUUUGUUUUAAUUGUUGGAGAGGAUAAAAUGACUAAAUUUUUUUGCAUGGAGCUCUUACUUUUGUAUUUCAUUUGCAGUUGUUGAGGAAAGAAAAGUUCAGAAAUGGAAUGAAGCUCUUUGUUCAGUCACAUUGCAGUAGUCUGCUCAAUAUUUUAUUUGGAUGAGCCCAAAAGAUAAAAGUGUGCAUUUAGAAAUGCUCAUUAGACUCUUUGUAAGCAAGCUUGCCUUACACUUGUUUGUAUUGCUGGUGAAUAUCUGUGGUGUACUUUCAAGCAUUUAUGUGUAGGGCACAUUGACCAGCCUUGCACCUUGAUCCCUUGUCUAUACAUCCUCACUGAUUUAGAGUUGAGUAGCGCUAGCCAGCAAGCUAAGAGCAUCUGUUAACGCGUUGGGGAGUGAGGUUUACAUAACGUACUAUCGCACAACCACGCUACCUGGCAUCUAUUACACUUGCACACCUAGUGUGGCACAAAAUACAACAGGCACUUUAUUAGACCUGAUAGCAUCAACCUACAUAUAAAGACUUUUCCCAAAUCCCGGCUAGCCUGUACUUUUCAAAUACCACAUUGCAGCCUUUCAUCUCCUUCGAUGCCUUCGUAUUUGGAGCCCUGAGAGGAAGCCUGCAGAGAAUGCAUUGUUUUUCUAUGCUGUUUCAGUGCUUUACUUUGGCAUUCUUCAUUCAUCUCCACCCGUCAAAGAGUCAAAGCCCCUUUUCUGAAUUUGGAUACUUUUAUUUGAGUUCAUGCUGUGUAGACUAUCGAAGGGCACUGCUUUCAUCCUUACUGGUGAUGGUCAAUGGCAGUUGUCCCAAUUGCCUCGACUGCUGGGUGAUGUAUUCAGGCAGUGAAAACUUGAGAUCAACAAACAUAAUGAUGCACACAAUAAACACCCUUCUACACUAUAUGGACAAUACAUUGAGACAUCUGUUGAGUGAUUAGUCUAUUAUGAAGAAUUCAGGAUCAGUAUCUCUAAAUUAGAAUUUUCUUUAGAAGGUUUAGUUCUUGCAGACCUGUCAACAUGUACACAUUUUGACUCUUCACUGCUCUCCAAGUGAUUAUGUUUUGACAGCUUCUCAUUUGAGCUGAGUCUAUGAAUCUUAGAUCAUAAUCCUGCAUCGAGCCACCAGCGUACGCUAUGACAUGCACCUUCAUACAAAUGUAACCUCACGAUGCAGACCAUACAGGCUGUGAUUGUUUGGCUUUCUUACAUUAAUUCCUGGGUGAAUACGACACCUCUGAGAGCACCUUUUCCUACGAUUUCUGCAAUAAAAGUGACUGUGAAUAGCACAUCGAUUAGUUCCAGCUGACACUCCCCCUUUACUAUUUUUCGCUUGCGACAAAGCUAAAAAUCUAAGUAGUAGAUGAGCUUUGUGGUUGCUCACAAAUUUAAUGUCACGUCACGUCACGCGUUCAACCCCAAUAAAGAGCCAUAAAAGCAACGGUGCAGCCUGCUGCACAUUGUAGAGUUAAGUUUCUACCGAUUCACGUAAAAUCCUACGGUGCCAAUUUAAGGUACCUGGUUAUUGCGUGAAGUUACACUCGGUUGCCGACUCAGCACUUGGCGAUCGCUUGACUCAAAAAACGCUCCGAUCUAAGUAAAGUAAGGCUCCACUGUUCCACAAAUUUGCUAUCUUGAUGCUAACAUUGGCUUUGCUAUUGACAUGCUACUGAUUAGUAUUCCCGAUUUUACACGGUAAUUUCAACACCUCCUAAUUUGUUAGUAAAAACUACAACUAGGACUACAUUUCAUCAUCGGCGGUCACUCGAACGAGAAUGACGAUCCUCCUGGUAGGGGUGUAUCCCUUUAUGGAGGAUGCCUGUAUGUGACUUUGUUUUACGUGGGGAGACUGGUGCACAGACAGUCACCACACGAUCCUUGACAGAAUCGGGUCAGGGUCCAGUGGCAUGGAGUCCAAGAUGACUGGGGACCCUUUUCUGCUGCAGCCUUCUUCCGCCUGCUCCGCCGUUGAGGUCUUCACCAUAUCCCUGGGUAGGGGGCAGUCAGGUACUAGGCCUUUGCCAAGGGCCAUCUGGGGUAACAGUAGUAAAGGAGUUAACCUCCUAGUGCCCCAAGACCCCAUAGAGGAGCCUCCACUGUCGGAUGCACUUUAACGUCAUGCCCAGGACAUCAGACUGCAUUUACACUGUAGGUCAAAGUGGCACAAAUCAGAUUUUUUUUUUAUCAGAUUUUUUCCAGCCGACUGUUUACUGCAAGUAAAAUGUGAUUUUGAUGAGACUCCAGUGCAAACGUGCAUGUGGCCCCAAUGGCCUCACUUGCAUGCGCACUUUGAUAAAGUGAAAACAAAGGAAGUUGACCAGGAGGAAGUUGCUACGACGACAACAUAAAAUUAAAGUCGCCAAAAUGUGGCGACCCUUUUUUUCAUGUGUUUUUUUUUUUACGUGAAAAUAAAAAUUUAAGUAAUUAAAAUAUAUGGAUGGAUGUAUAUAGUGUAAUAUAUUUGGGAGGGUUCUAACCAGACAUCAGCGUGGAUCUACGUUAGCUUUAUGUUUCAACUCACAUGUAAACAAAUGCACCAUAGGGUCAAUUCCGGUCCUUCAACAAUCGCUACUUCUUCAGAAUCAAAAAAUACAUUUAUAUAUUACAUGCAGCCUAUUAUUUGUGCACUAUUGACUAGUGAUGCAGCGAAAAUGUGGUCGUCUUUAACAGACUUUGUUCACCGAAACAGGAUGUUGUGAUGAAGUAUUGACUUCCGCUGGCGGUUUCGUUCUUGUAAUUGCACACGAAUGACGUCGCUCGCCCAAAGUUGACGAAAAAGUAACAUACGGGACGCAUUCAGGUCGUAUUGCGUUUAGACUGAAGUCACAUUUGAAAAGAUCAGAUUUAAAUCGGAUUUGGACUACCUGCUGAUGUGUUCUGAAUCUGAUGUGAAACGAUCAGAUCUGAAGCACUUUGGAGUGUUUAAAUGGCAAAAAAAAUCUGAUCUGUGUCACUUAAGGGCCAAAAAAUCAGAUUUGGUGUGCAGUGUAAACGGGGCCUAAGAUGGAUGUUACAAUCAAACAGCUGCUGCAUAAUAAGUACAGUACUUACAGUGUUAACACUUUUUAGUGCACAACAAGACUAUACAGCACAGACUGAAGUAGCUAGCCAACACACCAUAACCUAUACACUACUCCCAUCCAACGUCUUUGACUUGCAACUGAAAUUGAGACUCAGAAAUAUAUCAAAUAUAACAACUGGACAGCAAUUAUCGUAAUUAGCUCAUUUUUAAAUGUUGAAAUAAAAUAUGAAAUUUUACUAUCAAAAACAAUUAUUAUUUAUUACCACACAAAAAUGUACCGCAAAUUGGUAUCGUUGACUACCGGUAUCGUUUGAGUGGUUUAGUCUUUUUUUGAGGAGAAAAAAGUCGCAAAUUAGAUCUUGUUUUGUUCUCUUUAAUGAAAGACUGAAUUCCUUUUUAUGUUUAUUUAAUUAACUUUGAAAGACUCACCUUAACGUGUCACUGCAAUGUUGCUGGCACCUCGUGACCAGUCAGUAUACAUUACUACGUAUCGUCACAAUCUAUUUAGUUCUCUCUUAAAAAACAAAAAAACACUGCGCCAUAGAUUUGACUGUUUGUUGCAUAUGGGCAAAAUCUAACCAAUCAGAUUUGACUAUAAAAAUCCCAAAAACAAACAUGGAAAAAUUAGAGCAAAAAGGCACAAUGUAAAAGAGGGAAGGCUAAAACGUUGAUACUAAUGACAGAAAGCUUUGUUUUUAAAUAUAGUGUAUAUCAAGUGAGGUUGGCAGGUCUGCACUUGUUAACACAAGUGACUUCUGACCAAAUAAACCGCUGUUGUAUCUGGAAAGAGGAGAUCUACAAUCUUUUUUUUUUUAAAUAUUUACUGUCCCUGCCAGAGUACCAAUCAUUUGUCCAUAUAAUGUAUUCAUGCACACAGUUCUUUCUUGUGAGAAACAAAAGAGAAUGCUUCAAAACAAUAUACGAGCACAAUAGAGGCCUGGAUGGCAGAAAUUUACAAAUGCAAUGAUAUAAUAAUAUAAUAAUAAUCACGAGCACAAGUAAACAGCAAUACUGAAGGUCAGAUAUCCUCACACAGGUCAACACUUCAGCAGACAGAGCGAUGUAGCAAAUAAGUGUUGUUUUUUUUUUUAUGUUUUUGUUUUUAAAGAAAUUGCCUUUGUGGUGCAUGUUUGUUAACUACGUCCAACCUAGGAUUGUUGAGUGUAUUUUGCAAGUACUGUAAGUGUCUGUGUUUGUACCGUACUGACUUUGUGUUUCUAACUUUUGUAACCAGUCAUGUAGGAAGUCUGUGUCCAUGCAUCUGUGACAAAUGUGUCGCUUUGUCAUGCUUAGUACAACACACCGUCAUAAAUACAUUGUAACUUACCGGAAUUAUUCUCUAACAUACUGUACUGUGAGUGAUCAUAGUUGUUGUGCUUAUCAUUUUGUUUAUUCCACUUUCAAUUACUUAGCUCUGUAUUCAUUUAGCACAUCAUGUAAGGACAAUAACAAUAGGAAGAACAUAUUCCCAUCAAAGAUCAUUUGUCUGCCAAAACACAUCAGUGUAUGUUUUUCUAAGUACAGUAUGUAAUCAAGAUGUCUGUUACAAGUGUCGUGCAAGUAGAACAAGAGCAUGGUUGGGACAAAGUAUUCAGCUAAGUGUGUAACAUACAUUCUGCAUACUUUUAAGUAUUUAAAGUGUUGUGCCAUGUUUAAUAACAUCUGUAAAAUUGUAGUAACACAUAACAUGUCCCCUUUAAAACAUUAUUCCCUUGAAGUGUUGAGUGACCCAGAGUGUUUUUUUUUAUGGGAAAAGUUUGAACAUAAAUGGUAACUCAACCUACACAUGUGCUACUGUACCUACUGUACACACACUCACUUAGCUAUACUGAUCAUUUGUUCUCUGCAGAGUGGUGCACUUCAGCUCACAGUCCCUGUCAUCUCAGACAAUCGCUUCAAAUAAACAUAUAAGCAAAUGUGCCUCACUAAGUAAAAUAAGUAUUUUUGGCCUUAUUUUUAUUCGCUUUAGAUUUGUGCAGUGAAGCGUCCAUUUUCUCACUUAUUCUGUUCACAGGGUCUGGAUGGAGCCUAUCUCAACCCAUUUAGGAUGAAAGUCAGUCUACAUCAGGGGUCGGGAACCUUUUGGCUGAGAGAGCUGAAAGCCAAAUAUUUUAAAAUGUAUUUCCGUGAGAGCCAUAUAAUAUUUUUUAACACUAAAUACAACUAAAUGCGUGCAUUUUUUGGAAAGACCAACAUUUUUAGAGUAUAAUAAGUCUCUUGUUCUUUUUAAUAACGUUGUUUUUCUGAAGCUAACAAUGAUAAUAAAAAAAAACUUCUUACCAUUAAUGCGACUUCUUGAACAGGUGCGGUAGAAAAUGGAUGGAUGGAUUAAAAUGCAUGAGAAUGUUUUAUAUUUCUCCGACGGCCAUCUCCGGGACAACCCAGCAUCCUGCAGUAAUAAGUAACAAAGAAGUGAAUAUGAUUGCUGGAAUGUUUUGGCUUCAAAUCAAAUGAGCAAGAUGAGCCCGUCAACACGGAUGAAUGAGACAGUAUGCCAAAUUUGUUAAAACAAACAAAACAACACUACACACAGUUGUUCCGACUCGGGGGAAAAAAAACUGUACUUUAAGAUGUUCAAUAUUUAUUUAAGUGCAAUUUUUGCUAAGAGAAUUAGUCCAUGUUAUUUUUAUUGUUUGUUCACUUAUUUAAGAUAAAUAAUAAAAUACUGAGAAGUAAACAAUUAUUGCAUUUGAAAGUGUUACUUGCAAUAUUACAGCAUUAUCAUUUUUACAUAUAAUGAUUACACUACUGCCUAAUUAGGGCUCAAAAUAAUGCUGACAAUAAUAGUGAAUAUUGUCUAGCAAAAUGUGUUAUCGGCCCAGGCCUCGAGCCACAUUAGCAGCUUAAGAGGGAGAUUUAGCGGCCCUACAGCAGACAAAAGUGCAGUUGUGUUAUGUUAUGUUAUGUUACAUAAUAUUAUAUUUAAGUGUAUGAGGCAUAAAUAGAGUUUAAAUCUGGAUUGUGCAUCCAUGCAUUUAACUCAUUAGCUUUCUUCGAUGCAAGCAAACGAUGGAAUUUGAAAAACGAGGGGUUGGUCUUUUUUAUUGCAAAUAUUGAGCCAAGAAUGUCAACAUCAAGCGAGCAGGAGAGUUUGGAGGGGGAGGAGUGAGCCAUAUAAUAAUAAUAAUAGUAAUGAUAAAAAUAAUAAUAAUACAAUUAAUUUAUGAGCGCCUUUCAAAAAACCCAAGGACACUUUACAAUUUAUGGAUGAAAUAAUUAAAAGAUAAUGAUAAAAUAACAAAGGAUAAAAUCAACAUGUAACAAACAAAUAAAGGCCAUUGUAGAGACAGUUACACUGGAGUGAGUAUGCAAUUUUGAACAGGUGGGUUUCGAGUCACAAAUAGACAUUUUAAUGGGCAUCUGAAUUACUCGCUGUUUUUCUGCUUUUCGUGGGUGGUCUCGGAUCAUAACCAAACAGCAGGGAUCUACUGUACACCACUUAAAUGGGAACAAACUUUAGGCUGCUAUACCAAAAGCUAUGGCCAAAAGGUUGCACAUAAACUCCACACUUCCGACACAACUCCCUUUCUGUCCGCUUGUUUGUUGUGCUGCACUAGUUCAUGUAAUGUCAGGUCGUGUUCUGGCGAGUCCUUUUUCUGUACUUCUGUGGCUUAGGUUAAGUGUAUGUUGGUUGUACUAUGUCUGUA